GACAGAGAGAAAACACCAGAGGAAGUUGAGAGUGGAAGAAUGCAGGAGAAAAGUAUACCAGCCAGUAAUACAGGGAUAAUGAGAGCCACUCACUUGCUGCAGUUACCGCAAGAAAUGCUGACUGAGAUAAUCAUGUACCUUCCUGCUGCGGAAAAAUCCAAGGUCCGUGCCACAUGCAGUUUCUUCAAGGACCUGGUUGAUCAGCCUGUUGUGUGGCAAAAGAGUACCAUUGUCCUCCGACGCAUAAGCGCUUUCAACGCCGAAUUCUGGGACAUGCUUCGGAAAAGAAAGAUCACUUCUGUAGAAGUGAAAGACAUUAGGCUUAAGCAAUGGCAAAAGCUGCUGAGGUUCAUGCCUGGUCUGCUAGAUGUAACUGUGGAUUCCCUCUGGAGUGAGGAAAUCCUGCAAGGGUUACAGCUGCUCACAGAUCUACAGAAACUUCACUUGAAAACGUGCUCUAGAUUAUCUGAGAGAAGUGUAAUCAUGGAAGUUGUGCGCUUUCAACGCCUUACUCACUUGUUGUUGUGUGGCAUAACCUUCUUAAGUGACAGUGAAUUGAUCAAAAUUGCUUGCUUACAAAACCUACAUACGCUCUCAUUGCAGACUGUGCAAAAGGCUCUUCCUGAGAAAGCACUAGAGUAUGUUUUAUUCCAUUUACCAAAACUCAGAGAACUGUCACUUUCUUGUAUCCUGAGUAAGGAGCAUUUUUUGUUAUGCCUCAGUUUGCCAGAUAAACAUCCCAUCCCUUAUUCUUCAGAAGAGUCGCAUCCUGUUCCAAAACUUCAGCUUCACGCUCUGGCCUUGAGGCAAACUGGUUAUAACCUUCUUUCAGAGCGUUUCCUGGAUCAGCUCUCCACUAUCCACACACUGACUGUUUGUUACAUCAAGGACUUUUUGUUACACUCAGUGGAUGUCUUUGGACAAGUGCUGAAGAACCUACCAAACUUGACAGAAUUAAAUCUUCUAUGGAUCUCCAAUUUGGAUAUGUUUGUUGAUAACAUUCCUUCCAGCCUUGUUAAACUAAGUGUGAUUGGAACCAAGCUCUCAAACUCUGCUCUCAGCUGUUUGUCUGACAAAUCCUGGAAGCUAAGAGAAAUGGAUCUAACCCUCUCAUAUGGAUUUGAUGAAAAGACUCUGAAACAAUUUCCCCAUCUCUUUCCACUGCUGACUAGACUCUGCCUUAGUGGUUUUGUUUUGACUGACAAUAUCUUGUUGAGCUUGGCUAAAAUGGAGAGUUUGCGAGAACUUGAUGUUACUGAUGGCACAAAUCUAACAAAAGAAGCAAUCCAGAAUUUUCACAUCACAACGGACUGCAGGGUACAUCUCCUUGUAGAGCGGCAUUCAGUGUCUUCUAAAUGUGACUGCUUAUGGAGCACGGAGUACACUGCCUUUUAUUUUAAACCCACCACUGUUUACAGAGCUUUGAUUGCUAAAUGUACUGCUAUCAGGAAAACAAUGUUUCUGUAAAGUUCUGCUGAAAUUCCAUGUGAGGAAGAGAGGUAGUGGAAACAAACCUCCAACAUUCUCUAACUGUAUAGCUCUUCACUAUAGCCAAUGGCUUAUGAAUAUGAAAAACAGAAAUGCCUUCUUUGAGCCUGUAGCUCUAACAAGCCAGAACUGUAAACAUAACUGGCAUUCUAUAUUAAAAUUUCUGAGUAAGUCUCCAAUGGCCAUUGAUAAAACUCUACACUUCUGUUAAUAUGAUGUUUGACUACAUGUAAAUUAUAUUUUUGUUUUACUCUGUUGUCAUUUCUGCCUGGUAAAUUUUACUGACAGUUUUAGCCAGCAGCUCAGACGUGGGAGACAGGACAGAGGAAAUAAGAGAAGCUGUGGCUCAGGGAUACUGGAAAGUAAUUAAGGGAAACACAAGAAGGGAGGGAUUUGUCAGCAUGUAAGCCUCAGCGAAGUGCCAGAAAAAAGGAGGUGUCUGGGUGGAUAAAGAUGAGUUACCAAAAAAGUCAGGAUUCCAGCAAAUUGCACCAGUCACAGCAUGGAACCAUGGGGCCCUUCUAGUUAAUCUUUA